AUGUAUUAUUAUUAUUAUUAUCAGAAGAUGAAACAGAAUAAAGGAGAGAAGAACAUCUCCACGCAAACUAACAACACCAUGAAGAAGAAGAAGAGGAGGAGGGAGGAAGAGGAGGUCAAUCCUCCUGCUGCUGCAGAACACCAGGAGGAGAAGAAGAAGAAGAGGAGGGAGGAAGAGGAGGUCAAUCCUCCUGCUGCUGCACAACACCAGGAGAAGAAGAAGAAGAAGAAAACAAAAGAUGUGCUGGGAGUAAAGGAGAAGAAGAAGCAGAAGAAAAGCAGCACAGCAGCAGAAGGAGAGCACACCAUGCAAACCAACCACACCAAGAAGAAGAAGAAGAAGAAGAAGAAGAGGAGGGAGGAAGAGGAGGUCAGUGCUCUUGCUGCUGCACACCGCCAGGAGGAGGAGGAGAAGAGGAGAAAGAAAGAUGUUCUGGUAGAAAAGGAGGAGGAGAAGAAGAAGAAACAGAUGAAGAAGACAAGCGGCACAGCAACAGCAGCACAAAAAGAGCAUUCUGUUGUCAGGGUGAACUUUGAACUGGUGGAGGAGCUGCAGGAGUUUGUUCCAGACAUCAAGAAUAAAUGUGACGAUGUGAUCAGAAGACUGCUGAGAUACGACCUGCACCGCUUCAAAGCCUUCAAACAGCAAGGUGUGUGUCUCCGCUCCGGCCGCUACUCUCAUCAGGAAAACCAGCGAAUAAGAGAGAACAUGGCAGACUUCCUGUCUCUGACAAGUGUCAGCUCGGCCAAUCUGCUGCUGUUCCCACGCAGAUACAAGGAACAGGAAGUGGAGAUCAGAAAACUGAGAGCACGACAUCACUUCCUAGAGAGGAUCGCUGAGGGGAUUCCUCGCCCUAGUCAUCAGGUCUAUAUCAGAGCCAGGAAGAUGUUUGAUGAUCGGAACUACAAUGGGAGGUUCUCGAAGGAGGAGAUGCGCUCUUUGAUGAAGCUUCAGACUCUGCACGGGAACGACUGGUCAAAGAUCGCCGAGAAGAUGGACCGCAGCGCGUACUCGUUACAGAAACGCUUUGCUCACAUCGCUGCAGGACGGGGUGCGUGGAGCGUAGAGGAGGAGUUCAGGUUGAAGCGGGCACUGAAGACUCACCUGGAGGCUCUGGCUGGGGGUCCUGCUGGUUCUGAAGAUUCAGCUGCUUCUGAAGGUCCUAGUCUAACCAGAGACCAGCUGUGUAACAACCUGCCCUGGAAUGAGACCAGCCAGCAGGUGGAGACCCGGUCCUGGACCCAGUGCCGCAUCAAGUGGUUCUCUCUGCUGAAGGGUAAGCUGGCCUCAGGUGGGAGCACAUUCAGCAGAGGACCUGAAGGACUGGAGGCUAAAAUCGUCCUCAUUAACACGCUGUACAACAUGCGUGUGGAGGACAUGUGCGAUGUCGACUGGGACGAGGUCGCUCAUGCUGUCGGGAAGGUGACUCCUAUGUGUGUUCAGAAGAGUUUCCACAGACUGAAGGUUUCCAGAGUUCCUCACUGGAGCGGCCUGUUCUACGGAGAGAUCAUAGACUUCCUGCACCUGAGGGUGACUCCUCUCCUGCAGGAGCAGCUGAGGAAGAGCAAGCGCCGACAGGAUGCUCAACAGGAGGCGAAGCAGGAGAGCUGCUACCUGCUGUCCGACAUCUUCUCCUCUCAGGACGACUUCCUGGAGCUGGACAACAGUCAGCGGACCACCGAUCAAUCACAGCUCUAACGGCUGGAGGCCUCGCAACCCCUUAGAUCUGACUGGCUGUAGAGAACUCACUUCCUGUCAUUAAAAUGCUUUCCUGUCACAGCAGCAUGUUCUCAGAACUUAUAUUAGAAAUUCUGUAUACAGUUUGUUUGUUUGUUACUGAUGUCUUAGUCUCUCCGUGGUGGAAUUGUUUUAAUAUUGGAGCUAGGAGAGCGUUAAAUAAAAUAGUGGCUAUUAAACACAAGCUGUUUAACAUUUCACGCAAAAAAGAUCUCCCAUGUGUCCAUAAACACAAUGUUUUUUUUUAUUAAAGGGCCCAUGUCAUGCUUUUCUGGUUAU